AUGGCCUCGCGUCCACACUUGGCUAGCUCCGUCAAAACUGUCUUUCUAAAAGUCGCUUUGGUCGAAUCACUCGACUUUGAUCAAUGUCGAAAAGCUUUCGAUGCUUGUGCACGUACUCUCGGACGCAGUGCGGAAGAUGUUUAUGAAAAAGGUCACGCUACUGACUCGUCAGCCAUCAAGAGGGCGUUUUUUAGAGGGGCACCUCCACCUCAAUACAUGAGGUCGGAAGACUUCAUUCCCAUGGUCAUGGGUCAAAUUCUGUCCAUCCUGGUGUCUAUACUAUCGAGCUUAGCUCACAUUUGUGUUGAAGCAAACCGCUGUUGGCAAUUCGACGUGUCACUUGCUACUCUCGACGUCCUGGGUAUCAACUCUAUUCCGCUCAAGACACUUGAAAGUGAUCAUGCGCUCCAAAACUUACUAUCUCGGUCACCGGAGCUUGAGACUUUAGUGACUUCUGGAUCAGGCGAGUAUCCGAGUAUGCCUUGCGUAAGAAACCUUCACAUUCGAUCUCAGAUGGCCAUCCAAGUCUCUACCAUAAGUCACUGUCUAUCAGUCUGCACUGGUGCUUUAUCCACAUUCUCUUACACUGCAUUUGACUCUGAUAUCGUGGGCGUUGUAAACGUCCUCAAUGAAUCGAGGUUUCGCGCUAGUCUUGAGUCUCUACACCUUGACAUGAGACAUCGCAAUUCGCGGGGGAAUCACAAAAUGCCCAGCUUAAAGGCAUUCACUCAGAUGAAGAGUCUCUUCCUCCAUACACACUUUCUCUAUGGCACGGAAUACUCUGAUUCUGGCGACAAGACUUCUGUCAUCAAGUCUCUUCUCAAUAUUCUCCCCCCUAAUAUCACAUCUCUGCAACUUUCGGAACAGACCGAGACACCACAUGGUGUUAUGGGGAAGGAUCUGCUUCGCCUGGCCUUGAAUGCACGUGUCGAAUUUCCGCAACUUAGGAAGAUUGAAAGUGAUGCUGACAAUGUUUGCGAUAAGUAUCUUGAGACUCUGUUUAAGAGCAUUGGUGUCGACCUUAUUCAUCAGGACUUGCCGAUGUGUUGCUGGAUAGAUACAAUUUUUAGGAUCACGGGCGUUGUGGAUUGGAACGAUGUAUGUCACGGUGGCGCCAAUAUGCUUCCACCUGGUCUGCUUUCGGACGAAGACCUGUAA